UGGACAUCGAAUCUCUCCCUCAUGUUCUGCUCUGAGAUUUCCUUUUUUUUUCUUGCCUUUUUCUGCCAUGGGAUUUGAGCUCUUGCUUGCGCCUUUCCCUUUAUUGGGAUGGAACCCUAUGCAUCAAUUUGAUCGCCUUUUGCGGUAGUGUUGCGGCUGGGGGAAGGACUCCUCUUGUUGGCGCUGGAGCUCUAUUUUAGGUGUUGUUUGUCUCCUCCUGCUGUUUGAGUAGUAUAGUAGCUGAAUCGAGUCGGAGUGGUGAUAAUUUGCAAAACGAGCGAGCGGCUGUUCAAGAACCUAGAGGAGCUGGUGGUGCGGUUUGGCUCGCUGUAGUAUUGCAGGCUAGCAGCAGAGGUUUUCUCUUGAUGGAGUCGCAGCAGCAGCCGAUGGAGGCGGUCUCUGUGCCGGCGAACGGCGGGGGCGAGGAGGAGCUGAUCGGGUACGUGGACGUGCACGUGCGGAGCGCGCGGGACAUCCAGAACAUCUGCAUCUACCACAAGCAGGACGUGUACACGCGGCUGUCGCUGCCGGGGCAGGGCGCGCCGGCGGUGUCGACGCAGGUCGUCAACGGCGGCGGCCGCAACCCGGUGUUCGACCAGUCGGUGCGCGUCGGCGUGCGCGCUCGGGACGUCGACGCGCCGCUCCGCUGCGAGGUGUGGAUGCUCAGCCGGGUCAAGAACUACCUGCAGGACCAGCUGCUGGGCUUCGCCCUCGUGCCGCUCCCGGACGUCGUGGCCGCCGAGGGCGGCACCCUGGCCGCCGAGUUCCCGCUCUCCACCAACGACCUCUUCCACUCCCCGGCCGGGUUCCUGCAGCUCGAGCUCUCCUACAUCGGGGUCGUGCCCGAGGUCAUCCCCGUCUCGCCCACGCCCAAGCCAGCCGCUCUGGCGGACGAGGACGCCGCCGCUGACGGGGGGAAAGAGUACGAGAACAUGGAGUUCCCCGACCUGAAUCUCGUGGAGGAAAACCAGAUCAUGCUCUCAGAAUACGUUGGGCUGCCGUGCACGGCCGUGGAACCGCAGAGCUCCGAGAGCCUCCUGACGUCAGAGGACGUGGACGGUGCCGCAACAGAGUCCCACGACGCCGCCGGCGUGCGCGUCGUGCGGAGCUUCUCGACGGACAACAGCACCGCCGACGACUCGGUCGGUGCCGGCGCCUACCGGAGCGACACGCCGGUGAGCAGCGUGUCCACCACGGAUCAGUCCCCCGCCGCGGCCGUCCCGGCCACCCCGCAGUCCAACCCCUCGGAGCCGUCAGGAAACCACGCCCUUUCAUCAGCAGCAGGCCAGAAGGAGGAGAAGGCAUCCGAAGCCGCGGACGCGGCGGAGGUCGAUUCGUCCCACACCGUCCAGGUGAACUCGCCCUGCACAGCCGUGUCUGAGAGCGCGGUGGACAAGCCGGCGCCGGCGCCGAUCGGGUUCAAGCUCGAGCAGGAGGUGCAGGUGAAUCAGAAGGAGAUCAUGGACAUGUACAUGAAGAGCAUGCAGCAGUUCACCGAGUCGCUGGCCAAGAUGAAGCUCCCGUUGGACAUGGACAAUGGCAGCAGCGACAAGAGCGGCAGUGCUGCUUCGCCCGCGGACUCCAGCGGCACCGACUCGAGCACCGCGGCGGCGAAGAAACCGACGGCCGGGGCCCCGCAGGACAAGUCUCCCAAGGUGUUCUAUGGAAGUCGAGCCUUCUUCUAGAACAACGAUGCUGGAGGACUAGAAGAAAAGAUGGCAUUUGCAGCCAUCGUUCUAGCUGAAACUUGGUAGCGCAGAGGAAUAACAGACACCUUUCUGAUGCCGUUGUUCUAGGCCUUGUCAGAUGCGGAAAUUAGCUGCUCUGUCUUAAGUUAAGUUUAAUGUAUCACUACUCUGAUGGAAAAUGGUUUGGCUUCUCCUGUUUCAGUAUAGAUCGUUACUAGCAUCUGAAUGUGAUUUACUGAUA